AUGGUUGACGACUCGACGGUUGACGAAAACAGAGACGCCGAUCUUCACGCCUUUCUUGCAGCCGUAGAUCGAAUUAAAUUUCAUGUGACCGCAUUACAAGAAACAAAAAUCAAAAAGACAGACAUUCGCCAACUAAACAACGGGACCCUUGUGACCCGCGGAGAAAAGGUUCCGUCACGAAAUGUCGGUGGCGUAGGCUUUGUCGUCCACCGGUCCAUUGUCCAUCCCGUCGACUCAUACGUGAUCCUUUCUCCUCGCAUAUCCGUCCUCCGUCUUCAACUGUCGCAUCAUAAGAAGAUCAUUAUCGUCAACUGCUACUCACCGACCGACGUAGCUGAUGAGAAGGAAUUAAAUGCGUUCUACUAUCAGUUGGAGGAAGUCAUCCGCAAUGAUAAAGCAUAUCAUAAAUUUGUUGUUAAAGACUACAACGCCAGAAUAGGAAAGGCCAACGAGAGCGAACACAAGACCGGAAAUUUUGGAUUAGGAGAAACAAUUAGGAAUGGGAACCCUGUAUACGACGAGUACAUUCUAAACGAAGUCCUGUUCAAACGUGACUGGCAGAUUAAAGAAGACCUGGCCGAAGACUACGAGCUGCUUGUCGAAGGACUGAAAAGCUGUGCCGAAUUGGCCACAGUUCCUCAAGCAAGAAGACCGGAUCGCAUCUCCAUCACUACUAAGGAGUUGCUCGAAAAAAAAAAAGAGCAACUGGAGCUUGAUCCUACUGCAACACGUUUAACAUGGCUAGUAAUAAAUGCCAGCUGCCGAAGAGCUUUGCAGGAAGAUCUACAACGGUACAAGCAGAAGAAAAUACUGGAAGCAGCAGAGAAAAGAAGCAGUCUGAAAAAAUACCGUCGGGACUUGUGUGAUUAUAAUGUUCUGCUGUCAGCCCUAAUGAACGAAGAUGGGAUCACAACUUAA